AUGCUUCAUUUUGCAAACCCUCUUUUAAAAAACAUCAUUAUCAGAAAUCAGUUUGACAGCAUUAAGAGGAAGCAAUGCCUCCAGUACCUGAAAACCCUGCGGACCCUGCAAUACGACGGAUUCAAGACUGUGUAUCUGGGGGAGACGGACAUCCCGGAAAGUCUCGUCACAGGGGAGGAUUUCAGUGAUGGGUAUUUCAUGCAGACGCCGACCUGGUGCAUCGUUCACGGUGGAGGCAGUCAAGGAUGGGUGCCCUGGAGGUACCGGAUAUUCCUCAGAGAUGAACUCUGCAUCAGACAGGAAGAGAACAUUUUCUUCGAGUUCUGCGAAGUGGUGAAGAAGGCCUAUGGGAAGUGUGCCAUCGUGGUGAAAGGGAAAAGGCAACAGGAUGGAGCAAAGCCAAAGGACGACAAGAAAGCAGAGGCCCAGCCGGACAGCCCGACGGGCAUUAACUUAACAAGUAUUGCGUGCUGUCCGCAGGUGGCCAAGUCCUACGGCCACGAGCUUCUCAUUCUGCCUUCCCCUUAUAAUUACCUGAAUCCCCUAGACUCAGCCUGGUCUUCUAUGAAAUGGUUUAUCAUCAAUAACAGGAAAGAGUUUUGUUUGCAGUCUAUUGACAGUGUCUAUUCUUAUCAGUAUAUACUUUUCAAUGAUUUAAUUAGCAAAGGGAUCGAUAGGAUAAACCUAACCAAGUGGAAAACACUGACGAACAAGGUACGGAGAUGGGAAAACUAUUAUCUGGGGAAAUUUGCUUAGAAUGAUCCUUCCAGCAAGCAGGAAGUAUGGCCCUCACCACCAAUUCUGCUGGGCUUGAUUCUGCACCGCUGCCACCAGAGACUUCAGUGGUGACGGAGCCUGGGA